AACCCUAAACUGGUGUUCUCUCUUCUUAUCUUCUCCGCUUCCGCUUUCGUUUGCUUAACACACCAUUUGAUUUUGUUUGGUUGGAUAGAUGUUGGUAGACCACAUGGUGAUAGUGAUAGAUGGUUUGAUAUUUCAAAGUCUGUGCGGUCUGUGCGUGAGCGUCAAGGAAAGGGAGUUUCCCAAUCUUGUGUGGCACCUCUAAUGAUCUCUUGUGUGAGGUUGGUGCCCAAUGUGCACUUGUAUACCCUGUUUCUUGGCGAUUUUGGUGCUUGCACUGCCAUCUGGAUAUUAUCAGGGCUUCGACAUAAAGGGGGUUUUGAAUCUUGUGUGGCGUCUCUAGUGAUCUCUAGUGAUUUGCUUGGAGGUUUUCUCCUUAAUCAGAGUGGUUCCCUUCUCUCUUUGUCAGAACUGCUGUUUUAUGAAGUGUAUCCCCUAAGCUUAGGGUUAUGUCCUGAAGGAGUCCACCAUAUCCGCUGUUGUGGAAGGAUACCAGCACUAAGGAUAUACCUUCAAGUAAAAGGAAUGAAAGAAAAAGGACGACAAUUUAUGGGUUUUGCUAGUUCGAUAGACAAGGAUGUGGAGGAAUGGGAAUGUGCUUUUAUUGUAUCUUAUUUUGAGAACCUUCAUGUGGUAUAUGUGCAACACCCAAGUCUGGUAGAUCAGUUGGCACCCGGGGAAGUUAAAUAUCGAUUAUCAGGAAUGUUGUGGCUGCUACAUGAAUGUCUUGAGAUGGUUUUGGGGCUUGUAUUGGAAAGUUGAUAGAGAAGAUUCAGGCAGGUGGUCUUGGUUAUCAUGCUAUUGAUAAUAUAGAAAUUGUGAUCACUUAAUUUCUUACGUCCUCAGUGGGGAAAAUUCAUCAAUUCUUUGAUGAUCUAGGUGAUCACAAUCUCAGUGUUGCAUUUGCUGUGAUUUUGUUGAUGAUCCACUUCACACUGGAAAUAUUGUUUUUAUGUAUUUGGCUUCGAGCUCAAUAUCAACUAGAGGUUAGCCCGGCAUUGUAUAUGUGUCUAUUCAAGAACCAUGUGAAUUUCUUUUCUACGUAGUUGAUGAACCGGUACCUCAAAAUACAGCUAAUAGUCCUUGCGUGGCGCAGUAUGGUGUACUCUUUAGCUGUUUGCUGUUGCUACUGGGUUUUCAUGGAUGCUGCAAACCACAUCUGCAUACCAGGUUGCAAUGGUAAAGUACUUGGAAUAGUUGGGCAAGUUUCUGAUGACGUGUGAGGUUCCAAUGCGUGUAGGCGGCCUCCAACCUGUUUUCUUCCAUGUCCACCUUCACAUGGGAAAAUUGUUUCACUAAUAAUGUCUAUAGAUGAUUUCCUUCUUGCUGAAAUAUAAUACUAAUUUUUAAUAUUUGUGCACUCGAGGUGUGAGCUAGAGCCCAUUUGGAUUGGCUUAUAAGCUGUGGUUUGCCAUUUUAAAGUUAUUUAAGCCAUUUUUAACUUA